GCCAGCCGGAGAAAGAGGAGGAGAAGGAAAGGGGCGGGGGUGGUGCUGGUCCGUUAGUGGCGUUGGGUGGCGGCCGCGGUGGCAGCGCUUUCUCCUCCGCCUUUGAGGAGUCGCUCAGGCUGGAAGCCGGCCAGCUCUCGCCGUGGCCUGGGCGCGAUGGGCGCGCAGGACCGGCCGCAGUGCCAUUUCGACAUCGAGAUCAACCGAGAGCCGGUUGGUCGUAUUAUGUUUCAGCUCUUCUCAGACAUAUGUCCGAAAACAUGCAAAAACUUCCUUUGCCUGUGCUCAGGGGAGAAAGGCCUUGGGAAAACAACAGGGAAGAAGUUAUGUUAUAAAGGUUCUACAUUCCAUCGUGUGGUUAAAAACUUUAUGAUUCAGGGUGGGGACUUCAGUGAAGGUAAUGGAAAAGGUGGAGAAUCCAUUUAUGGAGGAUAUUUUAAAGAUGAAAACUUUAUUCUCAAACAUGACAGAGCAUUCCUUUUGUCAAUGGCAAAUCGAGGGAAACAUACCAAUGGUUCCCAGUUUUUCAUAACCACAAAACCUGCUCCACACCUGGAUGGGGUGCAUGUUGUCUUUGGAUUAGUUAUUUCUGGCUUUGAAGUAAUUGAACAAAUUGAAAAUUUAAAAACUGAUGCCGCAAGCAGGCCUUAUGCAGAUGUACGAGUCAUUGACUGCGGGGUACUUGCCACAAAGUCAGCAAAAGAUGUUUUUGAGAAAAAAAGGAAGAAACCAGUUCAUUCUGAAGACUCGGAUUCCUCUUCCACUUCCUCAUCCUCUUCAGAGUCAUCUUCUGAAAGUGAAAUUGAACAUGAGAGAAGCAGGAGGAGGAAACAUAAGAGGAGACCAAAAGUUAAACAUUCUAAAAAGAGGCGAAAGGAAGUGAGCAGUUCAGAAGAGCCAAGGAAUAAACAUAUAGUGAGCCCCAAAGGCCACUCUGAAAGGAGUGAUACCAAUGAAAAAAGAUCAAUUGAUUCCAGUGCCAAGAGGGAAAAGCCUGUGGUUCGCCCAGAAGAGAUCCCUCCGGUUCCUGAGAAUCGCUUUUUACUGAGGAGAGAUAUGCCUCUUGUCACAGUAGAACCUGAACCGAAGAUUCCUGAUGCUACACCCAUCGUAAAUGAUCAGAAGCCAUCUGUAUCCAAGUCUGGACGGAAGAUUAGAGGGCGGGGCACAAUUCGCUACCACACACCUCCAAGAUCCAGAUCCUGUUCUGAGUCAGAUGAUGAUGGCAGCAGUGAGACUCCUCCCCACUGGAAAGAGGAAAUGCAGCGGUGGAGAGCGUACAGACCACCUAGCGGAGAGAAGUGGAGCAAAGGGGACAAGCUCAGUGAUCCCUGUUCAAGUCGGUGGGAUGAAAGAAGCUUGUCCCAGAGGUCCAGAUCAUGGUCCUAUAAUGGUUAUUAUUCUGACAUGAGUACAGCAAGACAUUCUGAUGGUCAUCAUAAAAAACGCAGGAAGGAGAAAAAGGUUAAGCAUAAAAAGAAAGCAAAAAAGCAGAAACAUUACAGAAGACAUAAGCAGGCCAAGAAGAAGGUUAUUGUACCAUCUGACAUAGAGUCUUCAAAGUCUUCCACCCAGCGAAUGAAGUCUUCUUGUGAUCGAGAAAGGAGAUCUCGUUCUUCUUCAUUAUCAUCUCAUCACUCAUCAAAGAAGGACUGGUCUAAAUCAGAUAAGGAUGACCAGAGUUCGUCAACUCAUUCUACCAGAGACUCAUAUAGAUCAAAAUCUCGUUCACAGUCUUAUUCUAGAGGAAGCUCUAGAUCAGGGAGUCCAUCAAAAUCUUUAUCACGUUCUCGAAGCAAAUCUAAGUCCAGAUCUAGUUCCAAGUCAAGGCAUCAAAGGACAGUAUCAAAAUCACCAAGAAGAAUAGCCUCUCAGCUAAGUGAACAUAAACCAGUUAAAGCAGAACCCUUAAGAGCAACAGUAGCACAAAAUGAAAACAUCAUAGUGCAACCAGUGGUGUCAGAAAAUAUUCCUGUAAUACCGCUGAGUGACAGUCCCCCUCCUUCACGGUGGAAGCCUGGACAGAAGCCCUGGAAGCCCUCUUAUGAGCGGAUUCAGGAAAUGAAAGCUAAAGCCACCCAUUUGCUACCCAUCCAAAACACUUACAAUUUAGCAAAUACAAAAGAGACUGGUAGUUCAUUAUCCUAUCAUAAAAGAGAAAGAACUUCAGAAAGCGGUCGAAGCGCUUAUUCAAGAUACAGUGAUAGAAGUUCCGAAAGCUCAGCGCGAUCAAGGAGCAGGUCUCCCAGGAGUAGGUCUUACUCCAGAUCAUACACAAGGUCUCGGAGUGCAGCUAGUUCACAUUCACGAUCCAGGUCUCCUUCAUCGCGAUCUCCUUCACGGAGUAAGUACAGCUCUCAUUCACAAAGUAGUGGGUCCUCAUCGUGUUCUUCUGUUAGCAGUGAUGAUGGAAGACGAGCCAAAAGAAAAUUUAGGUCCAGUAGGACAAAAAGCACUUCAAGUAAAAGACACAGCAGCGGCUCUGAAAAGACAUUUAGCAACAAGCAUGUCAAAGGCAGAGACAAGGCUUCACGGCAAAGAAAAUACAGUGAAAGCAGGUCAUCCUUAGAUUAUUCUUCAGACAGUGAACAAUCAAGCACUCAGGUUACACAGUCAGCCCAGGAGAAAGAAAAGCGGGUCCAAAUGGAUAUAAGUAAUAAACAGGAGAAAGAGCGAGAUGAAGAGAAACCCACGCCUGACCGGGACUGCCCUCGCUCAAAAAAAAGAAAUUUGAAAGAGAAUCUUACUGAUCACUUUAGAAAUGACAGUAAGCUCAAAAGGAAGAAUUACGCUGAGAGUAAAUGGGACUCUGAGUCAAAUUCAGAACGAGACAUAGUUAAGAACAGUAAAAAUAAUUCCCGACCAUCUUCUGAUAAGGAGGAAGGUGAGGCCACAUCAGAUUCUGAAUCAGAGUUUGUUGAAACUCCCCUCAAAGCCAAGGUGGCUCCCAAGUCUUUGGCAAACGCCUCGGAUCAGGGUAGCCAUGGCACCUUGAAAGCAAACAAGCAGCAGCCGUCACCUUCUGAUACUGAGGGGUCCUAUUCUAGCUCAGAAAACAAGAGAGGCAAGCGAUGGAGGCACAGACGUGGACUAACGGAAAAUCUUAAAAGGGAACACAACAAAAAAGUGAAAGGGAAAAAAGAGAAACAACACAAGCCUCCAAAACGAAAUCAGGCAUUUCACUGGCAGCCUCCACUCGAAUUUGGUGACGAGGAGGAGGAAGAGAUUCACGAAAAGCAAGUCACCGUGGAGUCAAAAGAAAAAAAACGGGUUUCUGGUAACAGUGAAAGCAUUCCCCAGAACGAGAAGUCUAGUGCAGAUAUCACCCCUUCAGAUAAACACAGUGCGGUAACAGUUUCAUUAAACACUGAUCAGCCUACUAAAGGUGAUGGUGGACACAGUGUUUCUCUGACACCUGGAGACACUGAAGAAAACGUCGCCAGUUCUCCGCAAAAAAUUCAGCACGUUGAAAGUGUACCAAGUGGAGUGGAGGCCGUGCUUCAAAUAGACGACAGCAUGGAGAUUUGCACUCCUGAUCGGAGUUCCCCAGCACAGGUGGAGGGGACAUCUCCUCUGGGAAAUCCAGGGCUCGACUCCACAGUUCCUGGCGUUGUUCUGAAGCAAGACAUACAGAGGGAGCAUCCUGAAGCAGAGGUGGUAAAGCAGGAAGGCCGCCCAACGACAUGCAUAGUGGCAGCUGAAGCGGGAAAGCAGGACAGCAGUUCUGCUAGCUUGGCCAGUGCUGUAGAAGGCGCUGUGAAGGGUCAGGUCGGCCUUACGGAUACUAAAUGGAAACCCCUGCCAGGUGUAGGGGACCUGACGGCUCCAAGUGCUGCCACAGCCGGCACUGUAGAGACCAAAGCAGCGACUGCUAUGUCUGAAGUGAAACCACAGGGCUUAAGGAUAGAAAUUAAAAGUAAAAAUAAGGUUCGCCCUGGGUCUCUCUUUGAUGAAGUAAGAAAGACCGCACGCUUAAAUCGGAGGCCAAGAAAUCAAGAGAGUUCAAGUGACGAGCAGACCCCCAGUCGGGGUGGUGACAGUCAGUCCAGGAGCCCAAGUAGGUCAAGAAGUAAAUCUGAAACCAAAUCAAGACACAGAGCAAGAUCUGUCUCCUACAGUCACUCAAGAAGUCGAUCUAGAAGUUCCACAUCAUCUUACCGAUCCAGAAGCUACUCUAGGAGUCGGAGCAGAGGAUGGUACAGUAGAGGCCGCGCAAGAAGUCGGAGCAGCUCUUACCGCAGUUACAAAAGUCGUAGGACGUCCAGCAGGAGCAGGUCCAGGAGUGAGAGCUCCUACGACGCCCACAGCCGAUCCAGCAGGUCCUACACUUACGACAGCUACUACAGCCGGAGCCGGAGCCGGAGUCGGAGCCAUAGGAGUGACAGUCACCACCGAGGCAGAAGUUACAGCAGGCGGUCCAGGAGUUGUAGGUCUUACGGCUCUGACAGUGAAAGUGACCGAAGCUAUUCUCAUCACCGGAGUCCCAGUGAAAGCAGCAGAUAUAGUUGAAAAUGCCCUUUUUUUUUUUUUAUAUGAAUCAUACUUUAUUUGUAAAUAUCUGGUAACUUAAAAGUUUAAGAAACUUAAUGGCAGUUUGUUCUUCUAUUCCAAUAGCAGAGAUGAAUUUCCAGUAGAGAUUCUUCCUGUUAUUUGUUCAUUUACAUGUGCCCAGAACUUAAAAUGCGGAUGUAUCUCCUAGAAAUAUUCUAAUGCCAUAUUAUACAGUAGUCAACUAUGGAAAUUAAUUUCACUUUCUUGAAUCAAGAAAUCAUGAAAUUCAAGUGUAAUUUGCAGUUAUUACUUUAGAUAGACUACUUCUCUCCACCCCACACACUCCUUAGAAUACAGAUUCUUUUUUAUUUGCUUUUCAGGUUUUGACAUAUAUGCUGCCAAGUGUAGGACCAGGAAAGUGAACUGUUAAAGGUGGCCAAAUAGUUAUGUAUGAUUAUACAGAGACGUAUGCUAUAUGCUCUCAAACACAGGACACCCGGAGUGGGUACAGAUGGUCAGCAGGAGUGUAACGCAGUGGCUCUAGGGCUUUAAACCCCUUCCGUAACUCCCUGGUGUCUCAAAGGAUCAGGAAAGUGGUCAUCAUGUAGGCCACUGUCUCUUGUUACUUCAGGCUAGUAGGUAAGUUCAAAAGAAUAAAUCAGCCUUAACUAUAACACCCGCUCUGUCUCUAAGUACCUGAUGCUUUCUGUGCUUUUUAAUAAGUAUUAUCAGAAGUUUUGAUUAUUAAAAGAUUAUAUUCCA